AUGGGUGAAUACUCGAAAGCACUUGAAUUUUACGAAAAAUCACAUACAAUCUACGAAAAAGCUCUGCCACAGAAUCAUCCCGACUUGGCUCUGUCCAACAACAACAUCGCUGGAGUGUAUAACAACAUGGGUGACUACUCGAAAGCGCUUGAAUUUUACGAAAAAUCACAUAAAAUAGCAGAAAGAGCUCUUCCUUCCAAUCAUCCUAAUUUGGCUCUAUUAUACAACAAUAUCGGCCUUAUCUAUAACCACAUGGCUGACUACUACAAGGCACUUGAAUUUCACGCAAAAUCACAUCAAAUAAAAGAAAUAGCUCUUCCUCCGAAUCAUCCCGAUUUGGCUACUUCCUACAACAACAUCGGUGCAGUGUAUAACGACAUGGGUGACUAUUCGAAAGCACUUGAGUUUUACGACAAAUCACAUGAAAUAAGAGAAAAAGCUCUCCCUCCGAAUCAUCCCGAUUUGGCUCUGUCCUACAACAACAUCGGUGGAGUGUAUAACCACAUGGGUGACUACUCGAAAGCACUUGAAUUUUACGAAAAAUCACAUCAAAUAAGAGAAAAAGCUCUGCCUCCGAAUCAUCCGGAUUUGGCUCUGUCCUACAACAACAUCGGUGGAGUGUAUAACGACAUGGGUGAAUACUCGAAAGCACUUGAAUUUUACGAAAAAACACAUCAAAUCCUCGAAAAAGCUCUGCCUCCAAAUCAUCCCAGUUUGGCUCUGUCCUACAACAACAUCGGUGGUGUGUAUAACGCAACAGGUGACUACUCGAAAGCACUUGAAUUUUACGAAAAAUCACGUCAAAUAAAAGAAAUAGCUCUUCCUCUGAAUCACCCCGAUUUGGCUAUUUCCUACAACAAUAUCGGUCAAGUGUAUAACAACACGGGUGACUACUCGAAAGCACUUGCAUUUUGCGAAAAAUCACAUAAAAUCCACGAAACAGCUCUGCCUCCGAAUCAUCCCAAUUUGGCUACUUCCUACAACAAUAUCGGUCAAGUGUAUAACA